AUGAAGCUCAUCGUGGCUGGUGCGUCCGGCUUUGUCGCCACAGAAAUCAUCCGUCAAAGCCUAAGCAUUCCCAAGGUUUCAUCCGUAAUCGCAAUUGCCCGCCGCCCUGUAUCGACACCCUCGAACCUUGGCCAGGGUGCCGACGCUUCCAAGCUACACAGCGUCGUUCUCGACAACUACGGCAACUACCCGGAUGAUGCGAUUAGGCAGCUAGCCGGCGCGGACACUUGUAUCUGGACCGUCGCGAUUACACCAAGUAAAUCGCGCGGGCUCGACUUCGAUGAAGUACGUCGAGUGUGCCAGGAGUAUACGCUCGUUGGGCUUCGAGCCAUAUUCAAGGCGCACAGCGAGGGUGGCAGUCGUGGCGCCCCACCCUUGCGCUUUUUGUACAUGAGCGGCACCGCGACGGAGCGCGACCAGAAUAAGACCCCAAGCUGGAUGCCGGAGUAUUGCUUGAUGCGAGGCGAGACUGAGACUCAGGUCCUUGCGUUCGCCGCGGAGCACAAAGGCGCCGUGGAGGCGUGUGUGGCAAAGCCUGGGCUCAUCACGGCGCGGGGGCAAUAUCUGAAGACGAUAUUUGCCAUGGUCAUGAAGUAUGUGAUGUCGUUGCCGAGUGUCGACGUUGCGGAGAUUUCGGCCGCUAUGCUUCAUGAGAUCAUCCAUGGCUUCGAGAAGGAACCGCUCGAGAAUCAUGAUUUGGUCAGAAUAGGCCGCCAGGCGCUGACGAUUGCUGAGUGA